ACUUUGUAUCUACCAAUCAUUUGUUAACCCAUUACAGAGUAAUGUCACCUGGUAUCUUUCAUUGAGAUGGAACUUUUUACCCUCGAGAGACACUGAAAUCACACUGCGCCUAACAUAAACAACUCUUGUAUUCAUUAUCCAUUGUAGGGACAAAACCGUCACUUCAAAGUUUGGUCUUUGGAGUUCCCAUCUCUCCUUCACCACCUCUCUCUCCUACAAGUGACAGCUGAAGCUUAACUCUGAAUCACCAAACAAAACCUAAAUGGAGAGCUUCACGCACAUUUUCUUUCCUUCAGAUUAGCUAAUAACAUGGAUUCUUGUUCUAUGACAUCGCUUAAUGCAAGUAGGCUUUUUUUAAAGGUGUCUCAACUUGGAUGUUAAUUGUUUUAAAUGCAUGAAGCAUGAAUUUUGUAUUUCUCCUAUUCACACAUGGACAAAACUGGAGUACCCAAGCCUUAUAGACUUGGAGACCAGAGCACUAGUGACAUUAUUGUACAUUUGAGAAACUGUGGAGGAAGACCUGAAGUUUUCUACUCCCACACUUCCAUUCUAGUCAGUAAGAGCAAGUUCUUUUCUGACUGGCUCUCUAACCCAGAAUCUGGUAAAUGUUUUGAGAUUCAUUGCUCGGAGUUCAAUUACGAUCAUCAUGUUGGUUUUUUGAGGUUGCUGUAUGUCCCUGCGGAAUUGCUUUUAGACUCCUUGGAUUCUGUUAAGUCUGCUGUUGGUAUACUUGAGGUAUCAGUUGCAUUUGGUUGUGAAGAAAUUACAAAGAGUUGCAUCCAGUACCUAGAGGCUGUUCCUUGGGAGGAUGAGGAAGAGGAAGAAAUCCUGAAAGCAGUCUCAAAACUGGGACCAAUAGCUAUGCCCAUAAUAGCCAGGAUCCAACCAGUAGAUUUAAGCGCUACCAAGAAUGUUUUUGUGUCAGCAAUUCGUUUUGCCACAUCCAUUGGCGGCUCAUAUCCUCCAUUUGGUGAUGAACUUAAAAUUUCUGCCCAGGAACAAGUAGAAUAUAUGUUAGGGGAAGAUGAGGAGACAGCAUUGGUUACAGCUGAUGAUGAUGUGAUAUCAGUUGUGAAAGUGGGCCUCUCCAAAAUCUUUUCUUCAUUUGAGAAACAAUUAUCCUCCCUGCUUUUGGAUUCUGACCUCACAUCUGAUACAGCGGAGGACAAAGUCCUGCAUACUGUAUCUGAUCUCUUGUGGAUGUGUAAUAUACUUCCCAAGAUGGACCUAAUGAAGGAUUUUAUUUCAAAGUGGACUGACAUCUCUGGCAAAGUGUUGGAAAUAAUUGAAGACAAUAAACUCGAUUCUGUGAUGUGGGGUUUAAAAAUAAAGCUGAUUGAAAUGACUGCAAAGGUAUUGGAAGCAGUUGGCUACGGAAAUGUGAUUCUUCCAGCACCAUGCCGGGUCCGACUAUUAAGAAUGUGGCUCCCUUAUAUAAGGAAGAUGAAGCCCCUUUUAGACUUGAAAUGCAACAAGGACUCGAGCUUUUCCUACAAGAUGGAUGAAGAUCUGUCCCAGAGUAUCGAGGGGGCAAUUGUAUCAUUGAUACUAGCAUUGCCAUCAAAUGACCAAGCUGAUAUUCUUGCAGAUUGGAUGAAAGCCGACCAGGUUAGAUAUCCUGACCUGAGCGAAGCUUUUGAGGUUUGGUGUUACCGAACAAAAUCAGCAAAGAGAAGGUUGGUGGAAGGCUUAGACAGGGUCGGUGGCACUUCAGCCUUUGAUUUAUCAAUCUGAUAUUGUAACAUUAAAUUUUUGAAUGGAAGGGACAAUUGCUGAUCCCAUUAAUGUAUUUUGACAUAAUCAAUGUCUAUUUGAAAUUUUGAUAUAUUUUCUAUAUAGCUCUCUGGCA